UCCAUCGCCUCGUAACUGUUUUUCCUUUCCGGCAGAGAACAGUUCCUUUCUUUAUCAUCCCUCCGCCUGCGACCCCGGCUUCUGCUGCCUCGCGUCAAGGUGGAAAUACCCGCUUCCUCAAGUGUCAUCGAGGUUCAAGCCGUGAGACAGAUCGGGAGGGCCCGCCACUAACCCACCAAGUUUGGGCGCAGUCUCCAGCCCGGUUCCGAGUCUAAAGAGAGCCGGAAGUGAAGCCCGGCGGUGGUAGCAGAGCUCCAUGGAAACACCGGAAACGUGCCGCAGUGCGGCACUCCGCCCGCUCGCUGGGCAGAGGCCUUGGGUUCCGCAGGAGUCGCGGCCCGGAAGUGCGGCCCUCGCAUUGUCGAGAAGGCGGCCACUGCGGGCCCUGGUGCCUGAGGAGGAGGAGGAGAUGGCGGUGGCCGAGGCGGUGCACCACAUCCACCUGCAGAACUUCUCGCGCUCGCUGCUGGAGACCCUCAACGGGCAGAGGCUGGGCGGGCACUUCUGCGACGUGACCGUGCGCAUCCGUGAAGCCUCGCUGCGCGCACACCGCUGUGUGUUGGCCGCUGGCUCGCCCUUUUUCCAAGAUAAGCUGCUGCUCGGCCACUCGGAGAUCCGCGUGCCGCCAGUGGUGCCCGCGCAGACGGUGCGCCAGCUCGUAGAGUUCCUCUAUAGCGGCUCGCUAGUGGUGGCACAGGGGGAGGCGCUGCAGGUGCUUACUGCCGCGUCGGUGCUGCGCAUCCAGACGGUCAUUGACGAGUGCACGCAGAUCAUUGCGCGUGCGCGCACUCCCAGCGCCCCCACACUCUUGCCCGCGCCGGUGCCCCCGCCGCUGGCUCCCGCGCAGCUGCGCCACCGCCUGCGCCACCUGCUGGCCGCGCGCCCCCUAGGCCCCCCGGGCGCUGCGCACAGCCGCAAGCAGCGCCAGCCCGCGCGCCUGCAGCUGCCCGCGCCAGCCGCUCUCACUCGGGCGGAGGGGUCCACGGCCAGCCCCGUCCUGCCCGCCUUGCCCGAUGACAGGGGUGACGACGACGAGGACACCGAGGAGGACACUGAUGGUGAGGAUGGUGAGGGCGCUGCGCCCCCCGCUUUCCCUGACUGCGCACCCGGCUUUCUCCCGGCGGCAGCGGACGCGGCGCAAGAGGAGCCGCCUCGGCCUCCCAGCCUCGAAGACCACGACGGCGCGGGCAGGGACUUCCUUCGGGGGGCCGCGGCUGCCGAGGACGUGUUUGUGGACGGCUUCGGGCCCGCCUGGCGGGAGGAGGACGGCCCGGCCCCAGAGGGCGGCUCUGCUGAGCCCCCUGCGCCGCCCGACUGUGCCCUGGCUGGGCCGCGCCUGCUGCCGCCCGCUGCCAAGACCCCGGGGCCGCCAGUCGCUCUCUUCCCCUUCCACCUGGGGGCCCCCGGCCCGCCCGCACCCCCGGGGCCUGCCUUCUACCCCACGCUGCAGCCUGACCCCCCCAACACUCAGCUAGGGGAGGCCCCAGCCCCUCCUGUGCCGCCCGCCUACGAGUGCGGCCAUUGUCGCAAGACCUUCAGCUCGCGGAAGAAUUACACCAAGCAUAUGUUCAUCCACUCGGGGGAGAAACCUCACCAGUGUGCCGUGUGCUGGCGAUCCUUCUCGCUGCGAGACUACCUGCUCAAGCACAUGGUCACGCACACUGGCGUGCGUGCCUUCCAGUGUGCUGUCUGUGCCAAGCGCUUCACGCAGAAGAGCUCGCUCAAUGUGCACAUGCGCACACACCGGCCGGAGCGUGCAUCCUGCCCAGCCUGCGGCAAAGUCUUUUCUCACCGUGCACUGCUGGAGCGCCACCUGGCCACGCACCCCACGCCCUGACUGACCACACCCCCUCCGUGCUCCAGUCCCUCCCCACCCCGGACCGUCUUCUCUGUGCACUUGGACGCUCUGGGAGCAGCAGGCUUCCAAACUGACCUGGAGACCCAGACCGGAGUACAAGGGCCUGGGAUCCGUGUCCCCUCCCAGGCUGCCCUGGGGUUGGGGCCAGAACGAGGCCUCUGGUUCCGCAUCCAGGGCUUCCCUCCCUCAUUGGGCUCCUGAGACCCCUCCAGUGGACGCAUCAGAGAUGGAUUCAGGUGGAUUCACUCUAAUAAAGGAUGUUGGGGGCCGGG